AUGGACAAUGAAUUGAAGAACCUUAUCGAGCCACUCACGCGCAAACCCCACACAGCCAUUGAACUCUGGGGAGGUCCAAUGCGGCUACGCCCCGCAACGGAGUAUGUUGCCACUCGCCUGCGGUCCUUUGCUCGCCGUUUCGCCGGACAGCAUGCACCCCACUUGUCCGAGGCCCAGGUCCAGCAGGCCGUGUACGUGGACCUACUGGAGCAACCUCCACUGCCGCAAAUUGACAAGCUGCUGAAGCAGCACGCCGCCGUCGGUGGCGGAAGUGGCGGCGUGUGCAGCGGCGGCGGCUCCGCCGCCGCCGACGGCACAGGGACAAUGGUGGCGGAGGCAGCGGAGGCGGCUCCGCCGCCGCCGCCGCGGCCGGUCGUCCAUCCCGGUGCAGCUUUAGCAGUAGCAGCGGCGGCCGCCGCCGCGCUGGCGGGUAUGGUUGACGGCGGCAUGCAGGGAGGCGGCAGAGGCGGUGGCGGAACCGCCGCUGCCGCCACCCUGGGUGCAAUGUCGGCGCGGUCUCAGUCGAGGCCACCGCUGCCGUCGCACUCGCCGUCGCCAUCAUUUACGGCACAGACACUGGGCCUGGUUGACGGUACGGGUGCGGUGGGCACGCAGGGCCGGCCGUCGACGCCAACGGUCUCAACCAAGGCGGCGGCGGCCGCAGUAGCGUCGCAGCCGCUGCCGCUGCCAGCACCGCCGCCGGAGCAGCCUCAGGCGGCCAGCAGCUCCGCGACCUGGGAUGUGGGCGCUGCGGCGGCAAGGCCCCUGUGCUUGGUGUUCCGACACGAAUGCUCUGCACUGGGUUGCCGCGACCCGCAGUGCAUGCUGUGUCAGUACAACCCCCUGCGGCUGUGCGAGCGGAACUUCGGCAAGAAGUACCUGGUGGGGGACUUGUUGAGAGCCAAGUGCGGCGCCACCAUUCGAGUGGAGCUACGGAGGACAGGGGGCGCAGCUGGAGGUGCAGGAGGCGCCGCUGGAGGAGGAGGCGGUGGCGGCGGCCCUGGCAACGACUCCGCCGCAGCUGCUGGGCCAGGCGGAGGGUGGGGGGGAGGAGGUGGUGGAUGUGGGUCGGCGGUGGGUCGGGCUCCGGGUUCGUUGAUAGAGGAGGAGGAGCUCAACAAUGUCAUGUUGGAGGACGAGCCGCUACUGCAGUACAAGGCAGCGGGUGUAGCGGCAGCCGCUGCGUCCCGAAGGAUCCUAAUCAAGCCCGAGCGGGGUGUGGCCGCACUGCCCGACCUCACCGUCACGGACAGCAGCGAGGCGCUGUUGACGGGACGUAAGCCGCCUUUCAGACUGAUGGUGUCGGCGGUAUCGGCGGACGAUACGGCGGUGCCCAUGCCGGCGUACGGGUAUGCCGUGUCGGAGGAUUUUGUGGUGGCCACUCGCCGCGUCAAGCAGGCCAACAAGGCCGACAUCCCCCUGCUGGACGACCACGUCAGCAAGAUAGAGCACAUCGGCAGGGAGACGGUCAAGAAGCUGGCGGACCUGAGAGCGGCGGCGGCGGAGCUGGGGGUCAAUCUGCGGCUGCCGGAGGGGGUGUCCGCGAGUGUGAGCAGCGUGGGGCAGUUUCUGGCGCUGGCGGAGGGGGCGGAGAAGGACGGACAGCUCAAGAAAGUGCUUCAAAUGAUUCUCAAGCUGUCCAAGGAAAAGUGGGACGAGGCGGCCGCCCACGCAGCCCAGGCCGUACUGUCCGACUUCCGCCGGCGGGUUUGGUACCCCUCGGGGAGCCCCAUCACUCCCCCGCUAAGUGUGGGACUGGUGUUCGGGUGCAAGUACGGCGCUGUACUGCUCAAAGAACCUGUAUCCUUGGUCCACAAUGUCGUGGGCGGCGGUGUCCGCGUCAGCCCCGAAGACGAGUUGGACCCACCAUUCCUCAACGUGCUCCGGCAGAUGAAGCAGCAGGCCGCAGCAUCCUGGUGGGCCCCGGGCCACCCGGGAUGGGGAAUAUUCAAGGACACCGUACACUUACCCGCUGCGACGGUGGCGGCGGUGGCUUGCGGCGCCGCCGACCCACGGCUACGAGGCUCCACUCUGCCCACCGGCGUUCUUGUCCAGGCGCCUGUGCUCGGAAUUGGAGGAGCGGUUCCGGUUCCGGAGCAACAGCAGCAGUCACAGCUGGGCCAGCGGCGGAGCAGUGGCACAUGCGCGCUGGCACCGGCGGUAGGGGGGGGGGCAGCUUCGUUGCCGGCCCUGCAACAGCAGCAGCAGCUGACCGGCUUGACGGCGGUGCUGAUGGCAGCAAGCGGCGGCGGUGGCGGCGGCGGCGGCGGCCGGCAGGGCUGCGCAAUCGCGGCGCCAGGCCAGACAGCCAACGCCGCCUCCGGCACCAACACAUCAUCAUCGGCGGCGGCAGCAGCCACCGCUGCGGGCUCGCUGCUGCAGCAGCUUAUUGCAGCGCGUUGUCAGCUGCAGACGGCGGCGCAGCCGCCUCAACAACCCCCACUUCCAACGCCGCCGCCGUCGCAGCAGCAGCAGGCCCAACAGCUGCCAAGCAUAGGUUCGGGGCGGGGUCCGGAUCCUGCUGCAACGGGGAAUCAAGUCCUUUCUGGCCUGGGGGCACAUUUGCAGGCCUUGCUAGGCCGCUCGGAAAAUGCCGCCCAAGCACAGGCACAGCCGCUCCAUCACCCCAGGCCGCCCGAACAUGCCACUAGCAACGGCGUCAGCGGGGGCGGCGCCGGCAGCGGCAGCGCUCCGCUUCCACAGCUGCUCGCCACGAUUACUUCUGUCCCCUCCCUUUCCUCCUGCUUGGCGUCGGCGCCGCACGGCAGCAGUGGCGGACAACCGACCCGUGGGUCAUUCGGCAUCGCGUCGCUGCUGCCGACCUUCAGCUUCGGCCCGGACGGCCGCAUCAUGAAUGUACAGUCAAGGGAAGCUGCAACAAACGGCAGCGCACCAGACCUGACGAAGCUUUCUGCCAGCGGUGCUGGCGGCGGCGGUGCCACCGGUGCAGCUGCCACGGCGGCGGCGACGUUCGAUGGGCGUUGCACGCCGACGCGCAGCGGCGCAGCGGCAGCUGCGGCGCGCGCUGCGCUGGCGGCGCCAGCGGCGGCGGAGAUCGUUGCUGCUUGCCAGUACGACGAAAAUGCUGUAGAGUACGGGAAAGGAGCGGGCUCCCAGGAGCAACAGCGGGGCCACAUGGCGGGGAGGGUUUCGGAGCAGGAGCCGAAAGCGGAGGAGGUAGAGAUAGCGCAGUCGGUAACCAUGUUCCCUUUCCUCGGCUUAGAGGUCGCCCUAGUGGCAAUGUUCGCGGGCAUCGUUAUGAUGCCAGCUAAACGUAGAGUUGGUGACCAAGUGGUAGAGCUACAGAAGGUGCAUGCAGACUUGCACGCGCAGUUGACCGCAAUCGAACAAGCCGAUGACUACCAGAAGGCCGCCUCCUUGCUGGCCUCUGACCCUCUAGCACGUUUAAACAAGAAGAAAUUUUCUACCGCGAUGGGCCACGCCUGGGAUACCUGCGUCUCCUUGAAGAGUCAAAUGGCGAGUGUCAGCGCGCACAUUGCUCAACUGGAGAUGACCAUGGAGCAGCCAGCUAUGAAGGUUCUCGUCUCCGAUAAGUCUGGUCGCGUCAUGGAGCGCCCAUUUAAGGACCUGGACUACGUCAACGAUGGCUGGGUCAACAAGUCGGGCAAGGAGCACAAGGCGCUCAAGCGGGAGAACCGGGAGCUGAACCAAAUUUAUCAUGCCCUUCAGAAGGUCAACCGCAACCUGGAGGACGAACGCGAGGCGCGCCGCGACGAGGCCCCACCGGAGCAGAUUGAGGAGUUGGAGAAGGCAACUAACGACGCCAUCACCGAGGGUGAGAACUUGCUCACGGACCUGAACACGCGGCUGCGUAAGGCUAUGUUGGUGGGUUGGGAAACCGUUGAGUCGUUGGACCUCCCUGACUGCUGCAAGUCCGAGGAGGAGCGUAGCAAGCUGUUGUCCGCGCACAAGCGUGUUGUUGCUGAGAAGGAGUGUGAGCGCAGGGGUAACAAGCCCUCGGCGCAGAAGCCGUUCGGUGCGGGUUUCCGUCAGCGCCAGUUCGUGGCGCCCUCGCCCGGCUUCGGCCAGGCCCAGGUCGGGUUCGGGUCCGUGCAGGGCGCAAUGCUACCGCACCAGGCGCUGCCCUUCGCACCGGGGCUGCAGUUUGGGGGCAUGGCCCCGAUGAGUCAGGGUGGCGGCAAGCCGCCGUGGGCCCCGAAGCCGACGGAUCAGUGCCAUAGGUGCAAGCAGUUUGGACACUUUGCGAACAUGUGCUCGAAUCCACCCGCGCCACGCUCGUGGACCAAGCAGUGGGUGCAGCAGGGGUUUCCGUUGUGGUGGAAACAGGCCGGCGUCACACCGCCGCCGAGGGUCAUGCGAAAUCACCAAGGGGCGCUGGAGCAGCGGGCCUUUGUUACCGAAUCCGUCUCAGCACUUCUGGCAGCAGGAGCUGUGCGGCAGGUGGCGGGUGUGGGCGACGCCUUUGCCGCGUCCUUCUGGGAGCGAGCGGGGAGGCUGGUCGCGCCAAACCAUCUCGGGCUACUGGCGGAGAGUCAAGCGUUUGCCGCGUCAUCACGGGCGGCCUCCACGAAGAAGGUGUACGCGUAUCCGUGGGAAGGUUUUAAGUCGUGGUGCCGUGCGGGCGGCUACUGCUACCUACCGGCAAGCCCGGUCGUGGUGGGGAUGCACUUAACAUCGGUGGCUAAAACGGCAUCAAGUUACGCGACCGUUAAGCUGGCGAGUGCUGCGAUUUUCAUGCAGCAUGACUUGGCGUGUGAGGGGGCGAACCCGACGAAGCAUCCCUUUUGCAAGGCUGUGCGCGCGGCGGCGAAACGCUCGCUCGGGACGGCUGUGCUGAAUCGUACCCAAGCUCGACUCACGUCUAUAAGCGGUACCCAAGCUCGACUCACGUCUAUAAGCGAUCCCCAAAAAUUCCACACUCGCUCCUUUCUCAACGAGGACACGGACAGACAACAAGCGGUGCUUGAAUCCCGGGACAUGGAAUACUCCGGUAAAUUCCAAAACCUCGUCCUGAUCACUAAGUACGCGCAGAUCCCCAAAACCAACUACACGAAGUCGCCUACCGUCCGCGAUCUCAACGAACAUGUCACCGUCGAUCUUCUGACGAGCCAGGUUCCGAAAGCUCAGAUGACUGAGCCGGCAGUGCCAAAGUCCUCGUUCGGAGCUUCCGUAGAUCCCCAAAAAUUCCACACUCGCUCCUUUCUCAACGAGGACACGGACAGACAACAAGCGGUGCUUGAAUCCCGGGACAUGGAAUACUCCGGUAAAUUCCAAAACCUCGUCCUGAUCACUAAGUACGCGCAGAUCCCCAAAACCAACUACACGAAGUCGCCUACCGUCCGCGAUCUCAACGAACAUGUCACCGUCGAUCUUCUGCUGCAAAGCGCGCCCGCGAGCCUGCAACGGUACUGGAGAAAAGAAAGCGCGCCCUUCCUGGUCACCAUUCACUGCAUGGCGCACCGGACGGACCUCGCAGCGGAAGUGCUCAACGUGGCAGCCAUCAUUGAGCGCAUAGUCCAGCUGCUCACCAACGUGCACAGCCACUUCUCGCGCAGCUCGAAGCGCAUAACUGCGCUCAAGCGGGUGGCGUCAGAGGCUGGCACUCGCGGCAACCGCAUGCUGAAGAACGUGGAGCCAAGGUGGAUCAGCAUCUAUCGGCCGCUAUGCCGUGUGCUCGAUGAGAGCGCUGCGCUGACGGCUUAUUUCGACCCGGAGCUGGCAUUGUUAUCGGCGGCACUGGCGAUGCGGGGAGUAGCGGCAAUGGUGACGGCGGUGGCCAUGGCGCGGAGAGAAGUUGUGGUCGAGAUGGAGGUGGACAUAGUGCAGCGUGCAAUGAAUAAUCCAACCUUGCAGCCCAGUUCACCUGCAAUCCUCAUGAACACACAGUCCGCAAGCCAGAAGCCUGUUAGCCGCCAAUGCUGGCAUGUCGACCUCAACCGGGGCAUUGACAAGCACCCCGCCCUGCGCAUGCACUGGUAUGUCACUGAGAAGAAACAGAAGAAUGAAACCAUGCAGAUUGCUCUGUUUGGGAGGGCAAAGGACGGCAAGGGAAUGCAAGGGAGGGCAAGGGAGGGCAAGGGAGGGCAAGGGAGGGCAAGGGAGGGCAAGGGAGGGCAAGGGAGGGCAAGGGAGGGCAAGGGAGGGCAAGGGAGGGCAGAGGAGGAAAGAGGAGAGCAAGAGACGGCAGAGGAGGGAAGUGGAGAGCAAGGGGCGGCAGAGGAGGGCAUGAGAGGCCAAGGGAGGGCAAGCCGCUUGUCAUGCAUUUGUGCCGCACUUAGCGGACCGCCGCAGCGGCUUUUCUACAAGCGCCCCGCCUUCCGCGGUCGCUGUCUAUAUGCUCCUAAAUCAACGCCUUAA